AAAGUUAUCGCCCGCGUGCGGAUAAGGAGCGACACACUCCAGUAUAUGUACUGUACAUAUGCCUAAUGCACACAAAACCUGGAACCCUGGGAUGGGCGAUCAGACGUAAGCUAUGACAGAAGAAAUGGUUGAUGGUCGCGGAUAUUCUGUAGCCAUCUGCUCUGCACACAGACACACACCCUGUAGGUUGCAGCGCAGACACCAUCGCGUGUAGAUCCAUCAAGCAGGGAGAUGCAAAUGAUCGUAUUAGAGCCAAUACUGAGCUGCCAAUCUCGGCAGGGCUUGGAAUCCUUCCACCGCAGGAAGCCUGGUCUAGGCAAUGCGAAUGGUAGAUGUGGCUCGACAGCCGCAGCUCGGAUUCAAUGAUAUGCACCCUACCCGACAUUGUAAUCGUGCCAAUCGUGCCUCAUAUUUGGGGCUUACCGAGGCUGACGUGCAUUUAUCCAAUUGAUCCCUGGGUAUCCGAGCGGACAGAAUCCCUUGACCUGCCAAUGGGAAGGGAUGCGUUCGUUGGCUCACUGCCGAUGCAUCUUGAUGUAAAAGGAAACCGUCCCAAAAGUCCAGAGGCUGAAGACUCGGUGGCUAGUCUCCUGUGCUAUAGACUUAUAAUGUUUGUAAUGUACAGAAUUCAAGAGUGGGGGCGAUUGCAACAGAUAAUUGCAUAUCCGAUAACUCCGCGACACACCUGCCUGUCGACUUGCUGGGAAGAAGCUGUCAAAUCCGGAACAUUUGACAUGAUCAGCCGGACACUGUUAACAACAGGCGAGAGAAAAUCCGAUGACAUUUCACCCGUAAGCAGAAUUCAAGUCCUUCAGAGGUCGCAAAACGUAGGUGUAGUUACUCGUCCGAGUAGUUUUGUUAGCUCAUCAGGGGCGACCCCAUUAGUAAGCGUGAUAAAUGAAGACCUUUUGGCAAAGAGGGGCAGCCGAGUAGUUAGUCAGGCACGGUUUCAAGCGAUCAUCCUAACAGUGGAGCCACUUUCUCCAGAUAGACGAUGAAUACAACGAAUAACCACAACAGUUUGUCAGUUACGCUCUUACCCAGCCCGCACCUGUGAAGUAUUUGACCGUAACAG